AUGCCUUCUAAAAAACAUGCUGGGGAAUCAAAUGCAAAUACGGUGGGUGCCACCACCACCUCAACUGCAGCUCCCGCCGGGGCGACCCCCAUAGCUGCUGCUGUAGCAGCAGAACCUACCACUGUAGUUCAAACAACUAUUGCUGCUACCCCUGCAGGGCCUAUGGCCGCUGCUGCGGCGGCCGUCGGUGCUGCACACUCAAAAAACGUGGUACAUACACAUGUUGAGAAAGAUCCAGCAAGAAAUGGUACUCCCAUAGUAGUACCAAAAGAUCCUUCUAGAAGUCCAACAAAAGAUCCAGUAGAUACAUCAAAGUCAGUUAACAGACCUACAGUACUGGAGUCUCAUGGUUACACUCUUGGACGGGCCAUUGGUUCUGGGUCAUAUGCAACUGUAAAGGUGGCACAAUCAACAAGACAUCAAAUGGAAGUUGCAGUAAAAAUUGUCUCAAAAUUUCAAGCUCCAGCAGAUUACCUGAAAAAAUUUUUACCCAGAGAAAUUGAAGUAGUCAAAGGGCUCAGACAUCCUAACUUAAUACGAUUUCUUCAAGCUAUAGAAACAACUCAUAGAGUGUAUAUCAUUAUGGAGUAUGCAGAAAACGGCAGUCUAUUAGACAUAAUACGCAGAGAUGCAUAUAUCGAUGAACCUCGUGGAAGACACUGGUUUCGACAACUUAUUGACAGUGUUGACUACUGUCAUGAAAGAGGAGUUGUUCACAGAGAUAUUAAGUGCGAAAAUCUACUGAUGGACAGUAACUACAAUAUAAAACUAUCUGACUUUGGAUUUGCACGAGGUCAUAUGCGUCCAAAAAAUGGUGUAGCUCCUUUAAGUGAGACAUUCUGUGGAAGUUAUGCUUAUGCUUCACCUGAAAUUCUAAGAGGAGUUCCUUACCAACCACAAUUAUCUGACAUAUGGUCCAUGGGUGUCGUUUUGUAUGCAAUUGUCUAUGGACGAUUGCCGUUUGAUGAUUCAAAUUAUAACAACCUUUUGAAGCAAGUGCAAAAUAAAGUGACCUUCCCAAAAGAACCUCGAGUAUCCGCUGCAUGCAAGUCCCUCAUUACACGUAUCCUGGCUCCUGUGAGAAGUCGAUUACGCAUGAAUGCCAUUCGCAAUGAUCCUUGGAUCCUUUCUUCUUCAAGUGAUAACAGGCAAUCUACACACGAUCACGUUACUUCACAGCCUGAAACUCGAGAACGUGCAGCAUCCGAAUCUUCACAACCUAAAACUGUACCACUGGUUACAAAGGAAGCACUAAAAGCCCAGGUUAUCAAACCACCUGGACAUGAUGCUACAUUUGAUGGGGAGGAACCUCUGCAAACCCACCGAUCUCCAAGCAAUGCUUCUGUACACAAUGCUGGCCCCUCUCCAAAAAAGAAGUGA